AUGCCCCAAUCUCCAGCCCCAGAGCUGAAAGAUCAAAGUCCACCCCCCAACUUCAGUAAACCCUCCUGGACAAACAGUUUCACUUUUGUGUGUGUCAAACUCCGUAACUCCUCUGAAAUCGACGUUGUGAACUGCUCUAAUUUCAGUAGUGAUCCAACGUUUCAGAACUGUCAGAAGCAGUUAAAUUUGAGCAGUUCUAUAGACAACAGCAGAGAGAUCUGCACCCGUUUUGCAAAGCUGUCCCGCAGCUGUGGAGAGAGAAAAACUACUCUGUCCCUACAGGAAAUCGGGAACUCUUACCAUUUUCUCACAAACCUCACUUCCCAAUUAACCCCUGGAAAUCAAAAAGAGAAAGCAAGGCUAGUGACCACCUACCUGCAGAGUAUAGAAGCGGCCGUCCUUGCAGCUGCAUCCAGAAGUCCAAAGGAAACACAGAAGGAGGAAGGGCCUUUUAUGGCCAUCAACACACAAAGGGUUGAGAACUGCAGGCUGAAGACACUCAGUUUGAAGGCAGAAAAGCAGACCAUGGAUAUUCACUGCACCACCAAUGAGGAAGAAAUCUUGGGAGGUAUUGUCGCAUUUAUAUCUUAUACUUCUAUUGGUCCCAUCAUCGGUGAGAGUUUUGCGUCUAAGGAAAAUCUAAUGACAAAGGAAAAAUUGCAUAAUUUCUACCUGAACUCCAAGGUAGUGAGUGGUACAGUGGGAUCCAGAAAGAACAUCUCACUCUCCGUGUCUGUUAAUUUCACAUUUCAGCAUGAAAAGAUGAAGACAGAAAAUGAGCAGUCCAUCUGUGUCUACUGGCAAGGGUCGUCUUGGUCUAAUGAAGGCUGUCAAGUUAUUUCUUCAGAUGAAAAUCAAACCCUUUGCAGCUGCAACCACCUCUCCAGCUUUGCCAUCCUCAUGGCAUCCACCAAAUUAAAGGUGGAUCCUGUGCUGACCAUGAUCACAUACGUGGGGUUGAGUCUCUCUCUGCUGUGCCUCUUCCUGGCAGUCCUUACCUUCCUCCUGUGCCGACCCAUCCAGAACAUCAGCACCUCCCUCCACCUGCAGCUCUCCAUCUGCCUCUUCCUGGCCCACCUGCUCUUCCUCACGGGCAUUGACCGGACAGAGCCCAAGGUGCUGUGCUCCAUCAUCGCUGGGGUGCUGCACUACCUCUACCUGGCUUCCUUCACCUGGAUGCUCCUUGAAGGGCUGCAGCUUUUCCUAACUGUCAAGAACCUCAAAGUGGCCAACUACAUCAGUUCAGGGAAGUUCAAGAGGAGGUUCAUAUAUCCUUUUGGCUACGGGAUCCCAGCUGUGAUUGUAGCUGUGUCUGCAGGGCUUGGACACACCAGUUAUGGAACAGAAACUCACUGCUGGCUCAGCUUCCAUGGAAGAUUUAUUUGGAGCUUCAUGGGACCUGUUUUUGUUAUUAUUUUGAUCAAUUUUUCCUUCUAUCUGACUACGCUAUGCAUUUUAAAAAACCAGCUUAGCUCCCUCAAUAAUGAAUUACCCAGGAUGCACAACACAAGGAUGCUGGCAUUCAAAGCCAUUGCUCAGCUUUUCAUUUUGGGCUGUUCUUGGGGCCUUGGCUUCUUUCUGGUGGAAGGAGUACUGACUCCCAUCAGGUCAGUAGUGGCCUAUUCCUUCACCAUCAUCAAUGUCCUACAGGGCGUCUACAUCUACCUGGUCUACUGCCUUCUCAAUCACAAGGUACGAGAAGAAUACAGACACUGGUUCAAGAAGAUGAGGAAAAGGACAGAAACUGGCAACUAUGACUUGUUUGGCUCAGUCACCCAGACCAAAACGGUGGAAAAGACAGUGGACUUUCCUGGGAAAAGCAGCAAUGUAUCCUCAUAG